GUUUAGCGCAUUAAAGAUUUAAAUACAAAAAAAUGUUGUCUAUCAAGAAUAUAAUUUUUGUUAUCACUAUAGUGGAAAUGACUACAGCCGAAUACUACGAUAUAAUAGAUUCUGUAACAGAAGAAUCUUUUGAAUCGGUAGAGACAGCUGGUGACAAAAAUGCUAUGGAAUUCCCAGAAUUAAUUGAUUACAAUGACAAUUGUUUACGCGCUUGUCCUCGCAUCUUAGAUCCCAUUUGUGCUGUCGAUGAAAUGCAUCCCCAAGAACAUAAAUAUUUUCAUAACCAAUGCUUAAUGGAAUACGACAAUUGUCGUCAGAGUAGAGCUUGGAAGCCCACACAGAUGCUUUUGUGUAUUAAGGACAUUGAUCCGGUGGUACGUGAUGACUGUAUGCGUGCCUGUCCAUUGAUUUAUAAUCCUGUUUGUGCCAGUGAUGGAAAAAAUUAUGAAAUUUUUGGCAACCAAUGCAGUUUUGGCAUGGAAAAUUGCUUAGCCAGCGGCAAAUGGUUGGAAGUGCGCGCUGAACAAUGUGGUUUGUGAAAAAUUGAAUUAUGAU